AUGAUGGACGAAAGCUCAGCCCGUUUUCACCCGAAACGAUGGAGGACGUCUCGUGGACUGCGACAACCUGAACGUCGAAAUAAAGCCAAACGGCUGCAGUACAACGCGAUUCAGCCGUCCUCUUCUGGUGAGAUCGCCCUACGAAUAUCUUCUUCAUGCACUUUCAUACGAAAUGAAAGUGUCUUCAACCAUGCCAUAAUCAGAAAAACGACAAGUUUUGAUGCCAUUCAAUCUCGUGUCCAGCUUUGCCCUGCAUCUAGCCAGCUAUGA